UCUACUACAUGUCUUUGCUAUAUAUACCAGAAUUUCUUUUUAUCUUUUAUUAGUAAUGGCGGUGAUCCUCAACUUAUAGCAGGACUGCGGCGGGGAUUCUGACACUGGGGGGGGGGGGCACUGACUAACUGCCACUGACAUCCCAAUGACACUAAUACAGUGAUCAGUGCUAAUAAAAAGCACUGACACUGUACUAAUGACACUGGGCAGGAAGGGGUUAAUAUCUGGGGUGAUCAAAGGGUUAACUGUGUGCUUUUUUUACAACAUGGAAACAUGCUGCUGUGUAUUUCUCUGCUGUGCAGAGAAAUACACAGCAGUAUGUUACUGCUGGAAGGAAAGAGAC